AUGCGUCCGUGUUUUCGUAUUCCACCACCUGACUGGCCCGGAGUUAUCGCCCUGUGCUCCAAUCUCAUUGUAGGAGCCACUGGUGUCGUCGCUUUGUCAGCUGUCGGAGCUUGCCUGGUGGUCGUCGCAUUCCCCUCCACCGUGUUCACUCCUGGGGUGACACGAUUGAUACUGGCAACUGAACGAGAAAUAAUCACAAGGAAGUUGAAUUUCAACGCCAGAAGGCAACUCGGCGCCACUUCCGCAUGCGUUGAAUCAACUGUUGAACCGUCUGCUGCAUUGCAUAAUAUCAAGCCACAACUUUUGCUACUGGCUUGA